CAGAAACGCGUGUUCCAGCGUUUGAACAAUUUAAUUUCGGUUUGUUUAGUUCUCGAAACAAAAUCUUGCCUAUUUUUGAUGGCUUUUCCAACAUCAAGUGCACAGCAAGCCGAAACCAACCGUAAAAUACUUGAAGAAAUACAGACCAAGAAGCAGUUGCUCAUUGGGCUGGGUAGCACAACGAAUCAGAUGCCCGCACCGCAGCUGCUUGGCCAGCCGACAGUGACAGUAGAAUUUCCACAAAGCGUGAGCGUUACGCCUAAUGCCGCUGGCGGCCUCGGCGCGCCACGAUCUGCAUUUAAUCCAACGAGCUCUACUACUCUGGGUUUCUUUAUACCGCAGGAUUCGUAUUUUGGAAAUAGUUUUAUACCCGUGUUGCCACGCCUGGAGCCACUGCCGACACCGGCAGCGCCCAACGCCAAGUAAUUUCUUAGCACAGUACACACGUCCCUCCAUAUGGCUCGCCUAAAGCUGAAGAAGCUGGAGGAGUAUCUGCAGUGUGUCGAUGGCUUCGAGCAGCCAAAGAUUCUGCUGGAACAGUAUCCAACACCACCCCACAUAGCUGCAUGCAUGACGCACCACAUGCAAGCCCAGCACGACGACAUUGAGGGAAAGCUUUUGGCUGAUCUGGGAUGCGGCUGCGGUAUGCUCAGCAUUGCCGCCACAUUACUGGGAGCGCAGCUUUCUGUUGGCUUCGAGCUCGACGACGCUGCCGUGGACAUUUACCGCCAGAAUAUGCUGGACAUGGAGCUGCCAAA